AGUAGCGGAGCGGCGCCCAGACGCGGAGGAUCACACAAGUGACGGGUCCUUCGUGCUCACAUUGUGGCUCGCUGGCCUCCCUUGACCACACACGCCUAUUACCCGCACCUUAACCACUGUAACAGGUAUUUAAGUUGUGCCGAGCGUCUAAAAUAGAAAACAUUUGUAGUGAAACUUAUAAAAGGGUCAGAACCUUCAUCACUGUUGCAAACCUGAGAGAAAAAAGUUUAAAUCUAGACAUUUCUUAUUAAACAUAAACUUUAGUGCUGUGUUCUAAGAUCAAGGAUAAAGUGGACUUCUUAAAAUCUUCGUGUUGUGAAGAUGAUCGACUUUUGACCAUUGCCACAACUCUGGUUUUGCUGAGGCAUGUAAAUUGGGAGGAUGGAGGCGCCCGAGUGAGAGGGGCGUCCCCCACCCACAGAUGGAGGCUGAGAUGAAGACCACCAUCAGGAAAGAUUCUGGCGAAGAGGAGGGCGAGCCUUCAUCGGCGCCAACCACAGCAGACGACGAGGAAAGGUUCAGUGAGAGGUGUUCAAGAGGUGCCCUAAGCAUGAUGCUGGAGGACGACGGAGAAAUGCUGGCGAUGGAGAAGCCGCUAUUGGAAAUUCCUCUGGACGUGCAGGAGGAACUCACACAUGCCAACGACGACAAUAACAACAAGAACUGCCCGGAGAGCGUCAUAAGCCCUCAGGAUAAUGGGCCAUCGGGAGACAUGGAGGUGGUCGAAAGAAAGAUGGUAUUUGGCAUUCAACACGAAACUCUGGACGAGCUUGAUUCGUGUCUAAUGUUCACCAGCGACGACGAAGAGGGCCCCACCGACCUCAUGUCAGCCAUCUGCCGUGUCUUGCCGGAGCUGCAGACCGUGAACCCCGUGUGUGUGAUUCGUCAUUCCGGCUUGAUGUUGACCAAGGGAGGAGACUCCCAGGGACAGGUCAUGCAACAAGGGAGUGACGAGGACACACCCAAACACGCGUCAGAUGACCUUGCUCUCACCCACACCUCGAACGAAGCACAACGACACUGCACGAGCUCACCCGUCCCUGAAUGCGAGCCAUCCACUGGUAAUGACAUUCAGUGUGGAAACUCAUGUGUUGCCGAUGAGCCGAAGAUUGAGGAUGCCCGCCAAGUUAGUGAAGACGCAGACAUUAACAAUGCGUUUCUUCCUUCCUGUCGGUCCUCACAUGCUGAGGUGGGGGAGGCUGCUGUAGAGUGUGUCGACGUGGGGCAGGAACCAACCAUAAAUGUGGUGGAGGAUGAAGCCUUCAAACAGGAGAAUAAAAGAGGUGACAUCCCGACGGCAGGAUCAGAGACUGUGGUUAACUUGGACCCGACGGCAGGAUCAGAAACUGUGGUUAACUUGGACCCGACGGCAGGAUCAGAGACUGUGGUUAACUUGGACCCGACGGCAGGAUCAGAGACUGUGGUUAACUUGGACCCGACGGCAGGAUCAGAGACUGUGGUUAACUUGGACCCGACGGCAGGAUUAGAGACUGUGGUUAACUUGGACCCGACGGCAGGAUCAGAGACUGUGGUUAACUUGGACCUGACGGCAGGAUCAGAGACUGUGGUUAACUUGGACCCGACGGCAGGAUCAGAGACUGUGGUUAACUUGGACCCGACGGCAGGAUCAGAAACUGUGGUUAACUUGGACCCGACGGCAGGAUCAGAGACUGUGGUUAACUUGGACCCGACGGCAGGAUCAGAGACUGUGGUUAACUUGGACCCGACGGCAGGAUUAGAGACUGUGGUUAACUUGGACCCGACGGCAGGAUCAGAGACUGUGGUUAACUUGGACCCGACGGCAGGAUCAGAGACUGUGGUUAACUUGGACCCGACGGCAGGAUCAGAGACUGUGGUUAACUUGGACCCGACGGCAGGAUCAGAAACUGUGGUUAACUUGGACCCGACGGCAGGAUCAGAGACUGUGGUUAACUUGGACCCGACGGCAGGAUCAAAGACUGUGGUUAACUUGGACCCAACGGCAGGAUCAGAGACUGUGGUUAACUUGGACCCAACGGCAGGAUUAGAGACUGUGGUUAACUUGGACCCGACGGCAGGAUCAGAGACUGUGGUUAACUUGGACCCGACGGCAGGAUUAGAGACUGUGGUUAACUUGGACCCGACGGGAGGAUCAGAACCUGUGGUUAACUUGGACCCGACGGGAGAAUCAGAGACUGUAGUUAGCUUGGACCCGACGGCAGGAUCAGAGACUGUUGUUAACUUGGACCCGACGGCAGGAUCAGAGACUGUUGUUAACUUGAAUGAGAGAGAAGACAUCAUAACAGACGAGAUAAAGGAAGUCACAGAUGAAAAAGCCCCGAAUGAAAACAUGGAUAGUGGACUGGAGAGUGAGAGGGGGGACGAGAAUAAAGGUCAAGGUGAGACAAUGAAUAGCGGAGAUAUUUCAAGUCCUGAUAUACAAAUGAAGCUUGACAAAGAAGCCAGCGGUGAAGAACUGGUUACAAAUUACACAGGUACAAUCAAGGACUCUGAAACAGGAGACCCAAAUACUCCAAUAGGUGCUCAAAAUAACAUUGUACAGCCAGAACCGGAGAGCAGCAUGGAACCACAUUAUGCCACAGUGAUGGAGGUUCGACCCGUACCCUUGGUGAAGGACGAGGGAGACGAGCACAUGAACAGCCGAAGUGAGUUAUUAACGAGUGACAGUGCCAAAGAUGUGGUUGUGAGGGAAGUUCCCAACCAUAUUUACGAGUGUCCAAAUGAGGUGAAAGAGCACAGACUCAGUAGCAGUAGCAGCACCGCCGGGGAGGAGAAAAGUGAUGAUGGCAGCUCUACUGACUGUAACGUGGAAACUAAAAUUGAAAGAACCGUGUGUGAACUCCGGGAAAAUUAUAAUAAGCUGCUCGGGGCUCCCGAGCCAAUCUAUGAAAGCAUCGACGCUAAGAAUGAAGGAAAUGGCAAUAGGAAUGAGAGAAGCACCCGCGACUGUGACUCGCGGUCGAGCAGGUCGAGUCGUUCCAGUCGCUCGAGCACCCUGAGCGGCCCCUGGUGCGAGGAGCGCAUCUAUGAGGAUAUAUCCGACCUCGGGAGCGGCGGCGUCGGCAGCGGAAGUGGUGGUGGGGGUGGUGGCAGUGGCGGUGGCAGUGUCGGCGGUGGUGGCAGCGAAGAGACGUGGGUGUCACGCCGCCUCCACGUGCACCGUCAGUUGUCGUCCUCAGACUCGUGGGGCUCUGAGGACUUCGAGUCGUACUCCAGCAACGAGGAGGAAAACGGUGGAGGAUCAGUGAAGACGCAGGCGCCAAACCUGGAGAACUUCAAGCAACGUCUGUUGAGAAAGAGAGAACAGUGGCGAGAGAGGCGGCAGUCUAGCAAAAGUCUGAAGGAUGGCACACGAAGGGAUUCAAAAGAGGACCAGUCAAAGGAAUCUACUACUAAAAUUGCAGAGGACAAUCCUCCACCCACACCAGACAAUAAAUUGUACAGAUGGUUUUCCUUGCGCAAGAGUGUCAAUUAUGAUGUGGAACGACGUAGCAGCACGAUUGCCAGUACAGAGCGCACUAGCUCCUACACUACCAGCAAUGGUACCAAUGCCAAUAGUAAUAACAGGAUGCCAAAACUUUUGGAAGAGGCAGACACUGAACAUGGUGGGCUAUUUUCUGAGAACGGGGGAGUGUUUGCACACACUUUUCAGCGCAGACACCAGCCCCCAACCUUACCACCUAUGCCACAAAGCCUCAGUCCAGAACAGAUUAAAAGGCGACAUAUUGUUGCAUCUAUAGUUCAUAGUGAAAACAAUUAUGUAGCAACUCUCCAGAGACUAGUCAAUGACUAUAAAAAACCUUUAGAUGACUCAAAACCACCAGUUCUCAAUGCGGCCAAGCUUUCUACAUUAUUUCAUAGACUCUCGGAGAUUCUUCAGUGCCACACUUUAUUCCGUAUUGCCUUGGCUGAAUGUGUACGGCAGUGGGAUAGAGAAGAAAAGAUAGGAGAUGUUUUUGUCGCUUCUUUCUCCAAGGCCAUCGUCUUGGACAUUUACAGUGACUUUAUUAACAACUUUGCACGUGCCAUGGAAGUUGCAAAACAAGAAUCUAAAAAAAAAUCUGCUUUUGCUGAUUUCCUGAAGAUGCGUCAGAUCACUUCGCCUGAUCGACUGUCAUUCUUUGGACUUAUGGUGAAACCUGUCCAGCGCUUCCCCCAGUUCAUCCUCUUUCUCCAGGACCUCCUAAAGCAUACCCCUCAAGGGCAUCAUGACCGAAUGUCACUGCAGUUGGCUCUUACACAGUUGGAAUCACUAGCAGAGAUGCUGAAUGAAAGAAAACGUGAAGCAGAGCAGUACCAGGCUUUCCGUGACACCCUUAAGCAUAUCAAUACCAAGUUUGCCUUGCGUGGAAUACAGGAAGGGAGCCGUUAUUUAUUACGACAGGAUGAUGUUCUGCAGCUGGAAUUCAACCAAAGUGGCCUGAUCAGCAAGAGCAAAGGACGCAGACUCUUCCUCACCAAUGAUGUGAUCAUCUGCGUGACAGUAGUGCCAAAAACGACUGAUGAUUAUGGCCACCAGAAUGAGCGACUUUCCCUUAAGUGGGCCUAUCCUGUUACAGAUGUUGAGAUUCAAGACACCAGCUCAUCUCCAACAUUAAGUCGAUUACUGGCCUCGGGAGUCAGUAAAACAGGAUCUAUAAAUUCAGCUCGCAUUCCAGAGGAAACUUUGGGUCCAAAUGUUGAUAACUUGUGCCAAGAAAUGAAUGAUCUCAUGCAUGAUUAUGAAGUAGUUUCCAGAAUCUCGACCCUUGUGUCAUCUCUUAGAGGUACCUAUGAUGGAUUGACUGCAGAACACCUACAACAAGUGUCAAGCAGCAUCCAGAGAGCUCUACACAUUAGAGAUGAGCAAAUGGCAUGGGUAGAUGCUUGCUGUUUGCAAUUUACAGUCAAGAACAAAGAAGGCCGUGAAAAGGAGACCCUCACUUUCCAGACUAACAAUCCUGUUAUUAAGAAGGAUUGGAUUGUAGAACUGCGAUUAGCACAACUGGCUCUUGAUAGCUCCAAUUCUCCGGCAUGGGAUGUACCAGAACAGGAAAAGCGACCCUCUACUAAAAUGCCACUUUUUGUAAAAACGCUUCCAGUCUUUUCCUCUCCUCAUGACACGGAGGUUAAAUGUGGGUGCUGCUACACAGUGACGCUCUCACGCCCAAGUAGGUUGUCAGGAACAGGUCGUCACCACACGUACCUGUGGUUGUGUUCCAGUGAUGGCGUCUCCUCACACAUCACCAUCUACCUCAUGCAACAGGUUGGUCUAAGGGAGGUCAUUCGUGUUGACAUGGUUGAAGUGUGUGUGACAUCAUUGCAGCAUGUCCCUGGUAUCACCACUACUGAUGAGCCCUCAUUGCGAGCUCACACAGUUUGGAUGGGCACACACUCGCACAGAUUAUUGGUGUACAGUGGAUUAGACCCAGAGCGCCAAACUGAAUUAGGUGCCACUACUGUGCCAGCUGCCAUUACAACUAUCAAAUAUCACUGUGACCAGGUGUAUGUAGGUUUGUGCAAUGGGUGUGUUCAAGUAUUUCGGCGAGGUGCUGAUGGUGCCUGGCAAAUACGUGAACCUCUGAACAUUAAUCUUGGCACGCAACUAGUCUCGGCACUCCUUCCAAUCAACACCCAUGUUUAUGCUGCUUGUGGGGACCAUGUGCAUGUCAUUGACUGCUUUACAGCAGAAGUUACUAAGAAAUUCUCUGUACAUCACGAAAGUGCAGGAGGUGUACAACUGAUGGCACAUUCUGGCAUUGGACUAUGGAUUGCUCAGCAGAACACUUCAACUAUCUGUCUCUAUCACACAGAAACCUUUCGCCAUCUACAAGACAUCAAUGUUGCUUCAAAUGUUAAUCGUGUGUUGGGUGAAAGAGGUAUUGCUGCUUCCAAUGUUAAUGUGACAGCAUUGUUAGCCUCAAGGGGUCUUCUGUGGGUGGGGACAAAUGUAGGUGUUGCACUUACUAUACCCCUACCACGUUUAGAGGGUGUACCAAUAAUCAGUGGACGUGCAAAUAUUAGUUACCAUGCUCAUAAUGGACCUAUAACUUUUCUUUUAACACUACAACCUCAUGCCAGACCACAGGCUUCUCUUCCCGAUUUGCGACCUGGUUCGCGCCCAUCUUUACAAGAUAACCACAGUCAAUCACAGCAGCAAGAUGGUGCUCGGACUCAUGUUUCUGAUGAAAUCCGAAGCUUUAUGGCCACACCAACACUUACAUCACGACUUGAAAAACAGCAGAGUGAUGGCAGUCUUGUACCACCAAAACGUGUACCUCCUCGUUUGCGGCAACAGCUUAGUUCCCCCGUGAUACUGCGGCGUAAACCACGAGAUGCCCAGCAGCAUGUGCGUCGCCUUUCCAAAACACUACCCCGUGGUUUAGGGCUUGGAACUCUUGCAGGUAGUCAAGAGUGUGAUGUAUAUGGCCUUUAUGGAGAUUUAUUAAAUGUUCAUGAAUAUGAAGAUGAGCCCUUGGUAAUUGGAGAAGGGUUUUUGCUGUCCCGUUAUGACUCCAUGCGUCGUAGUGACCCAGAACUGGCAGUUCCUGCUCAAGUUAGUACGUUGGAUCGGCGGGUUAGACUUAAAGCUUCACGUCCUCGUUCCUUGGAUUUGUCAACCUGGUCCAUGGAUUCGAGGGCUUCCUCUGCUUGUACCACAUCCUCAGGGUCAGAAGAUGGUACUGGUGGUAUGAAUACUGUUAUUGUCUCAAAUAAUAUAUCUGCAGCUACACACGACUCCAUACCUCUAUCGGGAACAAGUGGUGGCACCACGAGCAGGUCCACCAUAUCUGGACGUCGCAAAGAAAACGACCAAUCACGCACACUAAUGACACUGAUGGGUGGACGUGGCUACAUCAAUUUGAGGCAGUUCCAAGAUGUCCAACCUCCAUACUCCAAUGACAAAGAUGCACAUAUUGUCGUGUGGGAGAUGAAGCUUUAACCAAUCUUCUGUAGACCUUUACUUCUAAUAAAUUAUUUAUCUUAUUUUCCCAUACUUUCUACAAACCCUGUGCAAUUGUGAUAAGUUUUGUGUCCAUACUUAGAAUGAAUCUUGUAUGUUACAUAUUUAGACAAGUGAAAAUAGCUUGUUUGACUCGUUAAUGGUUUAUGUCAAGCUUCCAGCACAAUAAUAUUUGAUGUCUGUAUAUUAUAUAAAGGCUUAUAUCAAGGCUGCUUUAUAUGAAGAAAAUAUCUAUUUACAGUAACAGUAUAUUGCAGGAUGUUAGUGUAAAUAUCAGAUGAGCUGCUAUUUUAAAUACAUUAUUUUAGUCAAUACUGCAGACCUUGUUAACCUGCUAUGAAAGUAUUGUAUAAGUGUAUGUAAUAAAAGAUAUUAUUUUGAA